AUGGCAACAAAAGCCGCUUUCAAGCGGCUCACUCGUGAAUACCAGAAUAUCCAAAAAGACCCCACACCAUACAUUGUAACUCAUCCAUCUGAGACCAAUAUCCUCGAAUGGCAUUACAUCCUUACGGGACCUCCUGGAACUCCUUAUGAAAAUGGACAAUACUGGGGCACGUUGAUCUUCCCUCCAGAAUACCCAUUUGCUCCUCCCGCCAUUCGCAUGCAUACGCCCAGUGGCCGAUUCCAACCUUCCACUCGACUCUGUCUCAGCAUCAGUGACUUCCACCCAAAAUCCUUCAACCCCGCCUGGGAAGUGUCGACCAUCUUGAUUGGUCUUCUUUCUUUUAUGACUAGCGAAGAGAUGACAACAGGGAGUGUCAGUGCUUCGGAAAGUGAGCGCAGAGUGCUUGCUGCGCGGUCUAGGUGGUGGAAUGCGACGGGAGGAGGUUCGCACGUCAACGCCACUGCAGGCGUCACUCGAACUUCCAAGGGUAUCAACAAUGUCAAGGCUGGAGAUGGAGGCUUGAAGUUCCGCACAGAAUGGCCUGAAGUUGACCAGGAAAACUGGGCUUGGAUGAAGGAGCAUCGCAUCGAUUCCGCCACUGGCCAAAUUUUGCCAGAUCCCGAUGCGCCCACCAAAUGCUCCCCCGAGACAAGUGCCCUGCGUCGACGACCUAACGGUAGUACUCCUAGUAUCGGUGCUGUUAUGGAUGGCGGACACGUUGCGCGAGAGGCAGGUCAAGGCUGGGCUGGACGAAAUCGAAUCUGGAUUGGCGUGGCCUUCUUCUUUGGCUAUGCACUGAUCUCACGACUAUUGAGCGAUAUGCGGGGAUGA